GAUGCGAAUGACGUUUCCAGCCACCAGUUGUCACCGAGCAGUAGUAGGCGGUGGGUGUGGGAACGUCAAAAAGGGUGGAUUCAUCUUAGCAACCUCGAUUCAGUAAAACAUCCCCCCGGGCUGUGUUGUUUGUCUUGCGGAUGCUGUACGCUGAGGAGGAACCAUGAAACUGCGGUCUCUACCGGGGGCAAAGGCACAAAAUUGUGAUUAGAGACUUUUUCGCGCUGUCUAGAACCGAACGAACGACGAGAGGAAUCAGAAAUAUCCGCGAUUCAUCGUAUCACCAGCAUAACGAUGUGUGACGAAGGUGAAAUUAAGAGAGCGUUCGAGGUAGUGCUAGGGCUGGUGAAGCAGUGCAACGAUAUAGUGCUCGAAGGUUACCGGUCCGCUUCGAAACGGGUCGAAGUGAAGGGUAAACACUGGGACCUCGUGACAGAGUACGACCAGCGGGUGGAAGAUGUGCUGAUUACCGGUAUUCGAGCGCACUUUCCACAUCACAAGUUUUGUGCCGAAGAGCUGGCAUCGGCCACCGGUGAACAGGUUACGGUGGGAGCUGCAGGAGCACCAACCUGGAUCAUCGAUCCUAUCGACGGAACCGUCAACUUUGUGCGCGGCAUACAAUUUACGUGCAUCUCUGUUGCGCUCGUCGUGGACGGUGAGCUGAAGAUUGGAAUCAUCUCUAAUCCGGCCGGUAAUGAGCUCUACACGGCCAUCAAGGGACAGGGAGCGUUCCGGAAUGGCGUGCGUAUUCAAACACGCAACUCGGAACAGCUAAAGGAUGCUCUUAUCGGACACGAAUUUUCGAUCGGAAGCUAUGAGCCGAUACGGGAGGCCCUGUUCGAACGCGGUAAGAGGUUCAUCAUCGAGUGCCUUGGACUGCGGGCAUUCGGGUCGGCAGCAUUGUCGCUCGCGUACAUCGCCAGUGGUCAGAUCGAUGCGUACAGCAUCCAAUUUCUCAAACCGUGGGAUAUUGCCGCCGGUGCACUGCUGAUAAUGGAGGCUGGUGGCACGGUGCAAAGCAUUACGGGAGGCAAGUACGAUAUCAUGAAGCCGGAUAUCAUCGCCGCCUGCAGCGAGGCGCUCGGUCAACGAGUGUUGCAGAUCAUACAGGAGGUGGAUAGAGAUCUGCAGGCAUCAAAGUAACCGCUGAGCAAACGUAAACGUUUGGCCGAACAUAUUCUAAAGCAAUCCAAGCAAUCCAGUCGAUGGUUCUUAUGGUAUUCCAACGACCGCCGAUUAAUAAAAUUUGAUGAAUAGUUUACAAAA